GUGGGCGCCCAAAUGCAGCAUGAGGUCCUUUUGGCCGCCUUGGGCAUCCCUGGGGACGUCAUAAUUCCCGUGCGACUUCCCGGUUCCUCCACCUCCUCCUCUUCCUGCUCCUCUCUCACGUAUCAGGUGGCUCCGGACAUCACUUUUUUAAGCGCCGCGGAGAAGGAAAUAAUCAACCGCAUCGUGUGCCUGGGUGCCUAUUAUCAUCGACUGGACGCCUUUGUUGCCGCACACCGAUUCGGAGGGGGGGACAACGCGGACGUCCUCAUAGGCAGACAGGGCACAGAGACUUCCCAAGAGGGGGACCAGGGGCCCCAAGGAAGCUUAUAUCUGCAGGCUUUGGCGGUCGGAAUUGAAGAGGGGCUUUUGCGACGGUAUGCAGGUACCAUCGCCGGAUUGGAGCGAGCGAUGGCGGCCGACCCUCGCCUGCCUCUGUCUCACGCGCAUCACACGUUGGGAAGGGAAGGUGACUUCCACGUGCUCCUGCCCGCCGUCGUGGGGAUGGUGGAGAAGCUGGGAAGGAGGCAGUGCCGGGGUGCGCGCGUAUUGGACGUGCUGGAAGAAGAAGCCUGCUCAGGCUCGCUGGCAGUGAGGGGGGCGAUGGAGGAGCUCUUCGCCCGGGUGCAGGUAGGGAAGAGGGAGGAAGGGAGGAAGGGAGGGUGA